AUGGCCCCCUCUGCUACGGUUCUCCAGAACGAGGAUAACACCAAUGCUGUGUCUGGUGCACUCGGCUUGUCCAAGAACGGUCACAAACUCAGAAUCCGCUCGUAUCCUGUUUUUGGGACCUUAGAUGAAGAAAGGCUCUACCGCAAGCAACAUCUAGCUGCUGCGUUCCGUAUAUUUGCUGAGCGCGGGUUCGAUGAGGGGAUUGCAGGUCAUAUUUCGGUCCGCGAUCCAAUUCUGACUGACCACUUCUGGCUGAAUCCACUUUCAAUGCAUUUUUCCCAGAUAAAAGUGUCAGACUUGAUCCUUGUCGAUGAGAACGGUCUGGUGGUAGAGGGAGAAGAGCCGAUUAAUGCUGCGGCUUUUGCUAUCCAUUCCGAAAUACACAAGGCACGGCCAGAUAUCCACGCUGCGUGUCAUGCCCAUUCCGUUCAUGGAAAGGCUUUCAGUGUUUUUGGCCGAGAACUGGAUAUGAUUACUCAGGAUGCUCUGCGGUUCUACAAAAGCCACGCCGUGUACACCGACUUCGGAGGCGUGGUCCUAGACCGAGAGGAGGGCAAGCGUAUUGCCAAAGCACUUGGUAAGGGAAAGGCUGCAAUACUGCAGAAUCAUGGACUACUCACGGUAGGUAGGAGUAUUGACGAGGCCGCAUUCUGGUUCAUCAGCCUGGAGAAGACCUGCCAUGCUCAGCUUCUUGUUGAUUCAGCGCAACAUGGAAGUGGCCAUGAAAAGGUUAUCAUUAAAGAAGCCGAAGCAGAGUACACGGCUGCACAGGUUGGAGGGCCUGAAAAGGGGUGGCUUGGGUUUCAGCCGUACUACGAUGAAAUUCUCGCGAAGACAAAUGGUAGCUUUCUGAGAUGAGAAAGUUCUAUGAUUGUCUUCUGAAGCUUUGUAUUAAUCGCACAGUUGCAAUUAUUACUGUACCAGUGUGCCUUGCAUCCACAUAAGUGC